AUGGCCAAAGACCGUACGGAGCCCGAAGGGAAUGAGGAACUCUGUCCCUUCUCAGAACAGGAGAAUGGAGAUUGUACUGUGAGUAUAACUGUUGUAGGAGCUUCUGGCGAGCUUGCCAAAAAGAAGAUUUUUCCAGCACUCUUUUCCCUUUACUAUGAAGAUUUUCUACCUAAGAACUUUGUUGUCUUCGGCUAUGCUCGGACUAAAAUGAGUGAUGAUGAAUUAAGGAAUAUGAUCAGAGAAACCUUGACUUGUAGAAUUGAUACUAGAUUGAUAGAUGCAAGGACUUGCAGGGAGAAUUGUCAGGACAUGAAUCACAAGAUGGAUGAAUUCUUGAAAAGAUGCUUUUACCAUUCUGGUCAGUAUAAUUCCGAGGAGCAUUUUGUUGAAUUGGACAGCAAGCUGAAAGAGAAGGAGGCUGGAAAAGUGGCACAUAGGCUUUUUUACUUGUCAAUACCUCCAAACAUAUUUAUGGAUGUUGUGAGAUGUGCUAGUCUUAAAGCUCCUUCCAUAAAGGGGCGGACAAGAGUCAUUGUUGAAAAGCCUUUUGGUGUGGACUCAGAAUCAGCUGGUAAGCUAACCAGAGGCUUAAAGCAAUACCUUGCAGAAGACCAGAUAUACAGGAUUGACCAUUACUUGGGGAAGGAACUUGUUGAAAAUCUGUUAGUGCUUCGCUUCUCAAAUCUUGUUUUCGAGCCUCUCUGGUCCCGAAACUACAUUCGCAAUGUGCAACUUAUAUUUUCUGAAGAUUCUGGUACUGAGGGGCAUGGAAGACAUUUUGAUAACUAUGGCAUCAUUCGUGAUAAAAUGCAAAAUCAUCUUCUACAAAUCCUAGCAUUGUUUGCGAUGGAAGCGCCACUCAGCUUAGAUGCUGAAGAUGUUAGGAAUGAGAAGGUAAAAGUUUUAAAAUCAAUGAGACCGCUGAAGCUUGAAGAUGCUGUUGUUGGUCAAUACAAGGGCCACAGCAAGGGUGAUAAAUCGUAUCCUGCUUAUACAGAUGAUCCAACCAUUCCAAAUGACAGUCUUACGCCAACAUUUGCAGCUGUGGCUUUCUUCAUUGAUAAUGCCAGAUGGGAUGGAGUUCCAUUCCUAAUGAAGGCUGGCAAGGCUCUACAUACGAGGCGAGCAGAGAUCAGAGUACAGUUUAGGCAUGUUCCAGGUAACUUGUACAAGCGGAAGCUUGGAACUGAUUUAGACGAGACUACAAAUGAACUUGUGCUUCGUGUACAACCUGAUGAAGCUAUAUAUCUGAACAUCAACAAUAAAGUUCCUGGUCUCGGAAUGAAAUUAGACCGCACUGACCUGAAUUUGCUUUACCAAACAAGGUAUCCAAGAGAAAAAGCAGAUGCAUAUGAGAGACUACUUUUAGAUGCAAUUGAAGGUGAAGGAAGGUCCUUCAUCAGGAGUGAUGAGCUUGAUGCCGCUUGGGCACUAAUCACGCCGCUGUUAAAGGAACUCGAAGAAAAGAAGGUUGUUCCCGAGCUCUACCCCUAUGGCAGUCGAGGACCGGUGGGAGCGCAUCAUCUUGCUGCAAAGCAUAACGUUAGAUGGGGAGAUCUUAGUGGUGAUGACUCAUGA